AUAAUAACCCUAUCAAACAUGAAUAUGUAAGAAGUUCCAGAUUCCUCCUCCCACAGCAUCAUGUCUAGCGUGCAGGAUCUUGAGUUGCAGCAGCAGCCAAGUGAUAAUCUUAGCGACCAAAGUGACUCUAAUGCUCCCCAUGAAUCUUCUUCUUCUUCUUCUUCUCCGUCCAGUUCUCCUUCAUCAUCCACAUCUGUGUUAGCUGCUCCUCAAGCAUCUCCAUGGGGAAAGCUAAUCUGGCACACAAUCAUUUGUCUCCUUGUCUCAGCACACAUAGCUACAUUUGUGAAUUACCUCGGUUACAGGUUCUAUGUCUACUCCAAGCAUCCUGGCGAGUUUGUGAGAAGGCCGUGGCUGAUAAUUCUGACGAUCUGCGAGGUGAUAUACUUUCUGAAUAGCGUUAUUGGAGCUGUGGAUCUGGUGUUACCACCUCGAAUAUGGAGGCCCCGUCAGAGUUUGUCGUUGAAUUGGGAAGAGCUUCCGACGGUUGACAUAUUUCUUACCUGCUGCAAAGAGCCCACUGACGUUCCAGAGGAUUCGAUUCAGGCUGCCCUGGCUAUGGAUUAUCCCAAGGACCAGUUUCGAGUUUUGGUCCUGGAUGAUGGAGGGGACGAUCAGCUGAAACAAUACUGUGAGGUAUUGGAGCAUGUCGAGCCUCCGAGUGCUUCGGUCCGAUAUCUUCGUCGAGUAAAGAUUCCAGGAGUUCCACACAACUUCAAAUGCGGUAACCUUAACUACGGCCUGGAGCAUUCGGACGCAGAGUUCGUGGUGAUGAUGGACGCAGACAUGAUACUUCACCCAUCGUUCCUGAAGACUUUACUUUCUCAUAUCGUGAAAGACCCCAAAGUGUCAUUCGUACAGAUACCUCAUUCGUUUUACAACCUUCCGGUGGGAGAUCCUCUAAACGAUGCUUGCGUAUUUGGCUACGAGCGUGUCAUGAUUCACAGGGACACAUUUGGGGCCGCACCGUGCGUUGGAACUGGAGCAAUCUUCCGAAGGAAACAUCUGGACGAGAUUGGAGGCUUCCAGCCAAUGUCAAUCACAGAAGACACCUUGACCGCAUUCAAGCUCUUCAACCAGGGCUUCAAGUCCGUCUACCUCAACCGCAAGCUUGUUGCUCAAAACACGGAUAUAUCAAGCAGCGGCGGCAGUGGUGCCAGGGAGCUAUACAGCAAUUCUCUGCGACAUGGAGAGAGAUGCUUGGGCCAAAGAGCAGGCUUUCAUUUCUACUCAAGGUGUGCUACUUCUGGCACACUGUAUACUACUUCAUCUCAAUUUUCAACAUUGUAAUGGUCUUGCUCUUCAUAGUUCUCCUUGCCUUGAACUUGGACCUCAUUGUUGGCACCUUUCACAAUAGCCGACGCAUUCUUAUAAAUCUCUCAGCUCUUCUUAUCUACUGGCACCUGUCUUGGUUCGCGGUAUGGCUCAGUCUUCCCCAGCCAAUCCAAAGUUGCAACUGGGACGAGUCACAUUUCUAGUGGAUGACCCCUUACUUCUUCAAAACGAUAUACAAGUCAAUCUUUUCAAACUCUUCCACCUUUAUAUUCACUCCAACAAGCAACAUUGACCGUGCUGCAGCACAAGCCAAGCUCAAGAAGCAACCAGCGGUGAUCAAAGUUCCUUGUCAAACUCAAGCACGUAAGGGUGCACAUUAUCUACAUAUUCCUGGUUUUGGGUGUGGUUGGCUACAGGAUUUAUUGGAUAGCCGAGCAAGGUGGCAAAAACUGCCAGAAUGAUUUCUACGUGAUCGCCAUAUCGUUUUUUCUACUUUCCACCUGUGCACACAUGCUCAUACCAAUUAUGUACAUCUUGUGUCCACAAAGCUACAAGCCUGGGGAACGCAAGUCACUGCUUCACUACAAGGAAGGAGUUCCACAAUUUUUGGAGGGAGACUAUCUCCCAAAGUGGCACUGGUCAAUAAUCUUUUACGAGGGGAUAUCUAACGUUGCUACGAGUAUCUUCUGGGUGGCGGCACUUGUUAUAAUCGUCACCAAAUCGGAUCGACGCUGGUGUAAGGCAGGUGCUAUAUAGUCAAUCAACAUUCGUUGUACAUGCCACUUCUUUGUUUAGUAAAGUGGCAAACGAUCUCUGAGAAAAAACGUAUAGCCAAAGUUGCUUUGUGCCUUC